UGGAGGUCACCUUGUUGGCUGCUUCUUUUCCAGAGGCCAUAAAAUUGCUGACGGUUUUCUUCAGCUCUGCGAGGUCGCCUCCAUGGCUAGGGUAAGGGACGUUGAGGUCCAAGAACAUGCUCUUUUGAAAUGAAGAGAUCGCCUCCUCCCAGCAAAAACGCGACUCGAAUUAUUUAGAAGUCCUCGAUCGUGGCUUUCAGGGCUCCGCUUCCCUGAACUUUUUUCGUUCAGAGCCGGACAUGGGUGCGCUAAACAAGCAUAAGCUUAACCUUGCACGCAUCUAAUUAUCAGGCUGAACAGGUAACAUCCCUUCUCGCGUGAGGGGUGCACCGCACAAAACUCCGAAACAAGAAGCCAGCCACAUUGCGGGAUCUCCAAGUCCAACUCUGGUGGCCGAAGCACUUGCACUUUCCAACGCAAUGUCUCCCAACGAGAGCCCGAUCGGCGAUUCUGCAACUGCUCCGUUCAAGGUCAUUUGUUUAACUGGAGGACCUUGCGGCGGCAAGACUUCCUCACUUGCGAUACUUGGGGAUUUGUUCCAGAGCCUUGGAUGGAAAGUCUUUCGUGUCCCAGAAACUGCGACGACGUUGCUGAACGGUGGCGUGCAGUUUAGUGAAUUGAACGACGCUCAAGCGUACAGCUUUCAAAAGAGUCUCCUCCAAACAAUGCUUACAAUCGAGAAUACAUACAUUGAACUUGCCAAACUGAACGGGGAACGCGGGCAGAAGACUGUUGUUAUCUGUGAUCGAGGUGCAAUGGAUCCUUCCGCAUACAUGUCGCGGACAGCGUGGCUGCAAAUGCUGAAGGAACUGAAUUUGGAUGAAGUGGCCAUACGAGAUAAUCGCUAUGACUGUGUCAUUCAUCUUGUUUCCGCCGCGAAAGGUGCAGAGGCUUUCUACACGUUGGAGAAUAACCGGGCGAGGUCCGAAGGGCUGGAUGCUGCCCGUGAAUUGGAUGCUACUGUCAUGAAUGCGUGGCUAGGACAUGCGUCCCUUCAGGUUAUUGACAAUACGUCCGUCAGCAACUUUGCGGAAAAGUGCGAUCGGGUGGUUCAAGCAGUGCUAACCCGGUUAGGGCUGGUGGCAGAUGUUGGCCGCUACGGGAAACAUGUUCGAAAGCACAAGUUUCUGGUCAAUAAUUUUGCCUUGGAUGAGCCAUUUCCUGUGUCCUACCGUGACUUCAAUGUGGAGCAUAUCUACUUGGUGAAUACUUCGGGAGACGGGAUGCAGAUUCGAAUACGAAGACGCGAGGAAAUUGGGUCCAACGAAGUGCACCUGAGCAUGACCAUCCGCCAUCCAGAGGUCGAUGGGCAGCGAGUCGAGACGCGACGAAACUUGACACCUCGAGAGUACGAGGCUCUUCGGGCUCAAGCCGAUCCGAGCCGAGCAAUCAUAUCAAAGAAGCGCCGCUGUUUCCUCCACAACGACCGUUACUUUCAGCUCGACGUAUACCUACAUCCUGGUUCUGGAAUUACCCUUCUUGAAACGUAUCUAGACUUUGACUUCCAUGGGCCAUCUGCGUCUACUUCUUCAGAUGCAAUUAAGGAUCGAUUGCCGGACUGGUUGGACAUGGAAGAGGUGACCGAUGACAAGAAGUACUCCAUGUUCACCAUUGCCGAAUCUGUUCCGCUCGAUGCGAAGCUUGCAAAAAAGCUGUCCCGAUACGACCUUGGUAACCGAUAGAAUACAGCUGGGCGCCAACCCAGCCGAUAGAAAUGUUGGAUA